GUGCACAGGAGCCUCGGCCUCGUGGCACUGGCACGGGCAGCAGCUCCUGACUCUACUUCGUAGUUGAGGCCUGCUGUCAUUCCCGACCGCCAGCCCGCCGUCGACUCAACAAAGCCCCAACCGGCACGGGUUGCAUCUGCAACGAACGCCCUUUGCUUCCCGCCUCGUCUUCCGACCUUGUCUUUGUACCGCAUUUGCGCGUUCGGAUUCCCCUAAUCUGCCAACCAUGGCGCGCGACAUCCGCGCAAAGGCGCUCCAAAAGAUAGCUUCGCUGUCGGCGGCCAGCUCCACCAUCUCGUUCGACCGGUCCGAUCUCGACAAGCUGUGCCGGGCCUGCCAUGCGGGAGGCAGGGGACGGGAGUAUGCCCAUGGAGGAUACAGCGCGAAGCAAGCCGGCUCGUUGGGUCGCGUGCCAAUGUCGAUUCGCGAGUUCGAGGUCCUGCUGGCCUUGUGCAAGACGGCGCCCAGCAUCCAGUCGGCCCAGAGCGCACAGAGGCUCUCGUUCCAGCUCAUCCCCUAUAUCCUCGAGGCGCACUCCCAAGUCUUCGUUCCGUCGCCCUUCUUCCGCCGCAUCGAGCCGUCGCCGACCGAGUCUCUCUCCUUCCACGCCACGGGAGCCCUGCUGGCCCUUGGUUUGAAGUUCGCCGACCUUAGGGAGACGGUUACAGAUGGAAUCUGGGCCUUCACCAAUUCGUGCAGCCGCGCCAUCGAGUCGGUCAUCUCGCCGCACGCCAGCGACCCCGAGAAUCCGCCCAUGAGCGAGGCCGUCCGCACAGCCACCAUUGCCCUUGCCUUGCUGGGCUUCUUGGAUGCCGCGUCGGCCCAGGCCGACUUUUGGAAGGCUGGCGGCCGUUUGGGUCUCAUACAGAAGAUUAAGCAGCUCCUGUCUGAGCAGUUCCUUAUCGCCGUGGAGACAGCACUUUCCACCAUCCGCAACACCCACAGCCAAGACCGUGAGGCAAAGGAGUGGAAGAGACUUCUUCGCCACUACUCUUUGGCCGGAAGGCCUCUCGGCGCGACUCUCCUUCAGCGCAGCUUCAUGUGGCUGGUGCUUUCAAGCACGUCUCUCAUGGUGGUCGACGGCCCGGCUUUGAGGAAGGUCCACAUUCUGGACCUGCUCAUGUCGGGUGCUGGAAAUGUUCAACCCGAGGCGGGCCAGCUACUCGACGGUGACCUCCGCUCCAUUGAGGUGUACGCCGGCAUGGCUGUCGAGCAGAUGGAGUACCUUGAGGCUGGUGCCGACUUUGCCCGUCUUGGCUCGCCGCAUCAGCAGAAGCUGGCCCUUGCCGUCAAGUCUGCCGCCCUGAUCACGUAUCUGAACUGCUCGCUCCUCGAUGAGGAAGUCGCAGAUGGGGAUGUUCUCAUGACCUGGCUACAAGAAACUCUCGAAGAUGAGGUGCAGAUGGCGGACCAAGGCUUGGCCUCCGUUGUGCUGCGAUGCUUGGCUCUGAUAUGCCGCGUCUCGCCCGACUUCUCCGGGACUGUCAGUCGCCUCCUGCCGCGAUUCCUUGUUCAGACUACACCGCACGGUUCGACUGUUCGCGUGGCAUCGGACAGCCUGGCAUAUGUUCUCAAGAUGCUAUCAAAGGACGCCGUCAUUAGCAUAUUGUACACACUUGGCAACGUGCUUAGCCCUGAGCUGGGAGGUGCCAUCACCAACGGUCAGGUCAACGGAACAGCCGGCGGUGAUGGGGUCGCAGGCGCCGUAUAUGCCGGCCGCCCUUCCACUGGCAGCUCCAUUUCUCUACUGAUGGACGGCGAGGAAGAGACAGCCAUUGUGUACGGCAAUAUUGUGCAUGCGAUCUGUCGCAUCGCAGCAGCAUACAAGGACGAGAAAAUUACUGCCUUGGCUCAGUCUAUGCUCCUCCAGAAGCUAGACAAGGUCAACGCCAGUGUCGAUGCCCAGGUCAUUUCCGGUGCCGCAACAUUGGCUCUCCAUGGCGGCGCGCUUGAGUUCCGAGCGCUUCUCAAGAUGUACAGCAGGAUAUGCCACAUUGGCGUCGUAGAUGGCAAGGAGUUCUUGCUGGCUGCGGUCAUGAAAGCAAGGACGCAUAUAUCUGCCAACUUGAAGCGUGACUCUCCGCUCUUUGACAUCUACUGGGAGCACCUUGCGGAUAGCAUCAUCUCUCUAGGUGAUGCUGAGACGUCCAGCCAUACCAAGGAAUCCGACAUGCAGCUUGUGGCUCAGGAGAUCGGCGAGCUUCUACGUCCUUUGGCCGUGUUCAUGGCCAGCAACGACCUUGCCUCUGAACCUCUAGGCGACGAGGAGGCGUAUUCGAUGUUGAGAGACGCUUGGUUCAACAUUGCCGUGCAUGGCUUCACAGCUGGCACGGACCGCGCCAAGAUAUACAUGGCCGAGCUGCGCACCAUUGCCAUCCAUUCCCCUGCGCUGGUCGCCGGCGAGCGAGGCGAACAGGUGGAGAGCGACAUCGAGCUUAACACCGUAUUACGGCGAGGCAGCAGCGGCGAACGAGAGGCCAUGCAGAAGAAGCUUCUCACUGGGCUCAUACCGUCCAAGGCAGCUGAUAUUAAGAACCUGAGCUACCGCAAAGUCAUCUUCCUGCAAGCGGCGUACCUCGUCGAGACCCUCCGAGCCGAGUCGGGCGACUGCACCAAGGUUCUCACCUACUUCCUCGAACCAAGCAUGCGCAAGAUGGAGGUCAACAACACCAUGGAGGGUAUCGCCUCUGCCGUCAUCGACAAGUAUCUCCAGAAGACUCUGGCAGGCACCGACCCCAGCUUCUCAGCGCAAUACGCGGCCACGCAGCUUGCGUCGAUCUUUUGCCGGUGUUGCCAUCGCAUCGAGCGGGUGCAGCAAGCGGCAUUGAACAGUGCGGACCGCAUCAUCCGGGAAGUGCCUUCCGCUCUGUGCAACAGGACUCCGCUGUUUGCCCUCUUGGAGCUCCUCUCGCUCAUGUGGUCGAGCUGCGUCGAAGCCGAGACCGACCUCUACACGCCUCGGUCGACCUUUUCCUCGUAUCUCGGAAAAGUCACUCUCGAGCUUUCCGAUGACUACGAAUUCCGGCGUUGGACGUUGGACAUCUUGAACCGUAAGGCGAAGGCGUGGGUCAACUCUGUCAUCAACCUCGCCCCCUUGGAUGUCAAGGGCCUGCUGCAGACGUAUCUGUCCGAGCUUGACGACGACGGCGCGUACGGCCACAUCUCGCUCGGAAGAUCCUUUGCUUUGGAGCUCGGAUCAGUCAUUCCUCUGACUAACAAUCGCCUGCAAUCACUUGACCGAGUUGGAGACUGCAACAUCAAUGCGGCAUCCGAUUUUGUCGCUCAGUACACGACACGUCAGGAGUACCGCUAUGGCGAGGCGCUUCCAGACCGCGGCAACGAGCUCAUCAGCUUCAUGACGAUGAGCCGCAGGUCGUCCUUCGCACAGUCCUCCGUUAUGGAAAGCGCGAAUGCGUCGACUGCGCUGGCCCACGUCGAAGCCCGGAUCCUGAGCAAGAAAUCGACGCCCUUGGUGGAGGUGCGAGACAUCCUUCGGCGCGCCGCUGCCCUGCUUUGCCGCGGCCGACGAGACGAGGGUGCUGUGGCUCGCUAUCUUGUCACCAUACCCUUUGCCCUCUUCACCAAGCAAUCCAUCAAGCUGGGCGUGUCGCUGUGGCUCGGCGUCAUGAAUGAGAAUCCGCGGCUGGAGCCCAAGCUGCUGACCAGCAUUGCCCAACAAUGGGAAUUUACAAUCUCUCGCCGCGUUGGUCUCUUUAGCCCUGCCCUGACGCAUCCUGACCCUUUCUUCCUACGAGAAGAGUUCGCGCCAAGUGAGCUCGAGGCUCUUGCAAAGAGGCGGCAGCAGGUGCAUGACGUGCUUUCACCGCAUACCCGCCUCCUGCAGUUCUUCACGAGCCACUUCAACGCCACGCGUCUUGGUAGCCCCGACAUCCAGAGAGUGUUCCUCCGUAUGCUGGACUUGACGAUGGAUGCCCUCAAAGAUGCUACGGCUCAUCCGAUGGCAAGAGAAGUGCGGUUCCAUAUCGUCCUGCUCGGGCUCAAGGUCCUGCGCGCCAGCACCACCAUUGGGGCCACUGCUCAGUGGCGACUUAAGGAGAAGAUCCUCUCAGCAGGCCUCGGCUGGUUCAGAAACUCGCCCAGGUGGUCAUUUGGCAGCAACAUCCUCCAGCUCAAGACCGAAGUCCGACUGAUCUCGGACGUUCUCGCUGCCUUGAAGAUGGUGUCAUUUAUUGGAGCGCACACCGUCGGCAACAUCACGUCCCUGCAACCCAGGGAGCAACUGCUGCAGCUGCUUCUGGAGAAUGAGCAAGGCCGACUAAGUGUCUGGAUCAACCCCCUCAACUACCAUCACGGCGGUGCGUUCUCGACGCAUAACCCGUCAAAGACCCAUGUCGAGAAUGCACUUGUUCCGCUGGUGCGCGUUGCGUGGUGGCAGGACCCUGCCAUCGCAAUCGAGCUCGCCACGAGGUUCCCUCAUGCCCGCCUGCACAGGGAGGUUAGGAUGCUGCUCCUCACCAUGCCCGAAAAGGCUGUCUCGGAGCCGGAAGCACUACCUCUCGUUUUCGGCGGCCAUCUGCCAGACGAUGUCAACUCACAAUUGAAGGCGAGUCAUCCUGUAGACAGAACCGGUCUCGCGCUAACGCUUUCGCAGUAUCUCCUUUUCUGGGAGCCCAUGAACCCGCUCACCGCUGUGACUCUGUUCUUGCCGGCCUACAAGGACCACCCGUUCCUUAUCCAGUACGCAAUGCGUGCACUUGAGAGCCAUUCUGCCGACAUCACCUUCUUCUACGUACCCCAGAUUGUGCAGACACUCAGAUAUGACAAUCUGGGAUACGUCGAGCGAUAUAUCCUGGAGACUGCCCAAUUUUCCCAGCUCUUUGCGCACCAAAUCAUUUGGAACAUGAAGGCAAACAUGUACAAGGAUGACGAUGCCCAGGUGCCAGACGAAAUCAAGCCGACGCUCGACUCCGUCAUGGAGAAGAUGGUGGACAGCUUCGCCGCCGAGGACAAGGAGUUUUACGAGCGAGAGUUCUCCUUCUUUGACGAGGUCACGAGUAUCUCGGGCAAGCUGAAGCCGCUCAUCAAACGGCCCAAGCCGGAAAAGAAGCAGAAGAUUGAGGAAGAGCUGCGUAAGAUCAAGGUCGAGGUCGGAGUGUAUCUCCCUAGCAACCCCGACGGCGUCGUCAUUGGCAUCGAUCGCAAGUCUGGAAAGCCUCUGCAAAGCCACGCCAAGGCACCGUACAUGGCAACGUUCCGAAUCAAAAAGUCCAAGGGCCCUACGGAAGAGGCACGGGAGGUGGUCGAAGAGGCCAGCAAGCAGGCGGAGGAGCCGCAGGAGAACACGGUCGAGGUGUGGCAGUCGGCCAUCUUCAAGGUCGGCGACGACUGCAGACAGGACGUGCUGGCGCUGCAGAUGAUAGCUGCCUUCCGCGGCAUCUUCCACAACGUCGGGCUGGACGUGUACGUGUUCCCGUAUCGCGUCACGGCGACGGCGCCCGGAUGCGGCGUCAUCGACGUGCUGCCCAACUCCAUCUCGCGCGACAUGCUGGGGCGCGAGGCCGUCAACGGGCUAUACGAGUACUUUGUGUCCAAGUACGGCAACGAGGACUCGCUCCGGUUCCAGCAGGCGCGCAACAACUUUGUGAAGUCGAUGGCGGCGUACUCGGUCAUCUCGUUCCUGCUGCAGUUCAAGGACCGCCACAACGGCAACAUCAUGAUUGACGACGCGGGCCACAUCCUGCACAUUGACUUUGGCUUCUGCUUCGACAUCGCGCCGGGCGGCAUCAAGUUUGAGCGGGCGCCGUUCAAGCUCACGGGCGAGAUGGUGGCCGUCAUGGGCGGGUCCAUGGACCACCAGAGCUUCAAGUGGUUCGAGGAGCUCUGCGUCAAGGCCUUUCUCGCCAGCAGGCAGUACUGCGAGAAGCUCAGCCAGAUUGUCCUGCUCAUGAUGGACAGCGGCCUCCCCUGCUUCAAGCCUGAGAGCGUCAAGCACUUUCGCGAGAGGUUCGUGCUCGACAAGACGGAGCGCGAGGCUGCCAACUUUAUGAAGGACCUCAUCAAGAAGAGCUACUCGAGCUACAGCACGGGCGUCUACGACCAGUUCCAGCUGCUGACCAACGGCAUCCCAUACUGAUCAACAGUGCGCGUGUUU